UAGCCUGGGCAACAGAGUAAGGCUCUGUGUCCAGAAAAAAAAGAUAGAGUCCCAUAAAAUAAGAGUAGGGGACUUCAACAUCCCACUCUCAGUAUUAGACAGUUCAUCUAGACAGAAAAUCAGUAGUAUUGGAUUUAAACUGGACAUUAGACCAAAUGGACCUACCAGACACUAACUGAACAUUUUAUCCAAUAGCUGCAGAAUACACAGUGUUCCCAUGAGCAAAUGGAACAUCCUCCAGGAAGAGAUCAUAUGUUAGGCCAUAAGACAAGUCACAACUAGUUUUUUAAAAUCGAAAUCAUACCAAGUAUCUUCUCAGACUAUACAAGAAUAAACCUAGAAAUCAGUAACAAAAACUUUGUAAACCACACAAAUACAUGGAAAUUAAACAACGUGCUUUCUCAUGAGUGCCCACUAGGUCAAUUAAGAAAUUACAGAUCGCCUUUCCUUUCGGCCGGAACCGCCAUCUUCCAGUAAUUCGCCAAAAUGAUGAACACAAAGGGAAAGAGGACAGGCACUCGAUACAUGUUCUCUAGGCCUUUUAGUAAACAUGGAGUUGUUCCUUUGGCCACGUAUAUGCGAAUCUAUAAGAAAGGUGAUAUUGUAGACAUCAAGGGAAUGGGUACUGUUCAAAAAGGAAUGCCCCACAAAUAUUAUCAUGGCAAAAUUGGAAGAGUCUACAAUGUUACCCAGCAUGCUGUUGGCAUUGUUGUAAACAAACAAGUUAAGGGCAAGAUUCUUGCCAAGAGAAUUAAUGUGCGUAUUGAGCACAUCAAGCACUCUAAAAGCCGAGAUAGCUUCCUAAAACGUGUGAAGGAAAAUGAUCAGAAAAAGAAGGAAGCCAAAGAGAGAGGUACCUGGGUCCAACUGAAGCGACAGCCUGCUCCACCCAGAGAAGCACACUUUGUGAGAACCAACGGGAAGGAGCCUGAGCUGCUGGAACCUAUUCCCUAUGAAUUCAUGGCAUAAUAGGUGUUAAAAAUAAAUAAAUAAAAGACCUCUGGACUGUAAAAAAAAAAAAAAAAUACAGAUCAUCAAAGACUAUUAUAAGCAACCAUAUGCUAACAAAUCAGAUAAUCAAAAAACAAGAAAAAUUCCUGGAUACAUAAACCUACCAAGAUUGAACCAGGGAGAAAUGAGCAGAAGAACCUGAGCAGACCAGUAACGAAUAAUGAGAUUGAAGCAGUGAUAAAAUGUCUCCCAACAAAGAAAAGCCCAAGACUAAAUGGCUUUACUGUUGAAUCUUACCAAAAUUACAAAGAACUAACCUCAAUUUUUCUCAAACUAUCCCAAAACAUAGAAUAGGAGUGAAUUCUUCCUAAUCCAUUCUACAAGGUCAGCAUUACCCUAAUACCAAAACCAGAGAGGGACACAACAACAACAAAACUACAGGUCAAUAGCCCUCAUGAAAAGAGACAUAAAACCCCUCAAUCAAACACUAGCAAAUGAAACCAAAAGAUAAUAUCUCACAAUUAAGUCAGAUUUUUCCUUAAAAUGCAAGGAUGGUUCAACAUAAGCAAAUCAAUAAACAGGAUGCAUCAUAUCAACAUGAUGAGGGACAAAGACUAUAUGAUCAGCUCAAUAGAUGCACAGAAAGCAUUUGAUGAAGUUCAACAUAUCUUCAUUAUAAAAACCUUUCAAAAAUCAGGAAUUAAAAGACAUACCUAAACAUUAAUAAAGGCCAUAUAUGACAAAUCUACAGCUAACGCCUUACUGAAUGGGAAAAAGCUGAAAGCCUUUCCUCUAAGAACUGGAAGAAGACAGAGAAGCCCACAUUCACCACUAUUAUUCAAUAUAGUACUGGAAGUUGUAUCCAGAACAACCAGGCAAGAGAAAGAAAUAUAAGGCAUCCGCAUUGGAUAACAGAAAGUCAAACUGUCCCUUUACAGAUGACAUGAUCUUACAUAUAUAUAAAAACCUAAAGAUGCAAAAAUUCUUGGAACUGAUCAAUGAAAUCAGUAAAGUUGCAAGAUA